CCCGUCUGAAUGAAUUUUUUUUAUCCGCUGGUACCAACCAAGAUGUACAAAAUUAAUGACUAUAUGCUGAAUAUAAAAUGAUCAUUUCACGUCAACGUCGCGCGUAUUAUAUCGCGUGUGUGAUAACCAUUUCAUAGUAGUAUAUAUUUCCGCCACUUUUUCCACUCCGAAGAAAUCGCUCUCCCUUUCUCUCUUAAAAAGAAAUACUUUCAGGUAGUGAGGGAUUGAUUACUCAAAAAAAGGUUCAUUAAUGGCGUCGAUCACAGUUAGUUUUGUUGGGUUGGAUGAACUGAGCUUGAAAUUAGCUGCUUCUCUUAUUACCUCUGGAUUUCAUGUCAAAGCUUUCGAGGUUUCCGAGCCUUUGAUUAUUGAGUUUUUGAAAUUAGGUGGAGUUAAAUGUUCCAACCUGUUGGAGGCCGGGCAAGAUACUGCAGCUACAAUUUUGUUGAGUUCCAAUGCAGACGAAAUUCUUGGAGAGGAGGGUGUUCUGAAAGGGCUGGGAAAAGGUGCAGUUGUCAUACUUCGCUCAACUAUACCACUAGCAACGGUCCAAAAGAUAGACAAUCAUCUCUCAGAGAACGACAAGGCAGUUUUUCUAGUAGAUGCACAUAUCUCUAAAGGCACAUUUGAGGAUUUAGAAGGAAAAAUAAUGAUUACUUCCUCUGGAAGUUCCGAGGCAAUUGCAAAGGCGCGACCUGUUCUCUCUGCAAUGUGCGAUAAGCUUUACAUUUUUGACGGAAAAGUUGGUGCUGGAAGCAAAGUUAAAAUUGUAGAUGAACUGCUUGAGGGCAUUCAUCUCGUUGCCUCCAUGGAGGCUAUUCUCCUCGGUGUUCAAGCUGGGAUUCAUCCACAGAUACUGUACGAUAUAAUCUCCAAUGCUGCUGGAAACUCAUGGGUGUUCAAAAAUCAUGUUCCUCAAAUACUGAAGGCUGGUCAAACCAAACAUCUGUCCCUGGAUAGUUUUGUCCAGAAUCUGAGGUACAUUUUGGAUGUGGCAAAAUCGCUUCCAUUCCCUCUCCCUCUUUUGGCUGUGGCUCAUCAACAACUUCUUUAUGGGUGUUCGCGUAGAGAUGAUGAUAAGGCUUCGCUAGUACAGAUUACAGAAGUUGUACUUGGGAAGCGUAUAAUAGAUGCUAGUAAUGAAGAAAUUUACAGUCCUGAGAAGUUAGCAGAUGAAAUUACUUCUACAUCAUCUAGUGUGAAGCGAAUUGGUUUUAUUGGUCUUGGAGCAAUGGGAUUUGGGAUGGCAACUCAUCUUAUAAAGUCAAACUUUUGCGUUAUUGGUUUUGAUGUUUAUAAGCCCACAUUAGCACGAUUUUUGAGUGCUAGUGGCUUGGUUGGGAACUCUCCAGCAAAAGUUGCAAGUGAUGUAGAUGUUCUUAUUGUCAUGGUUACAAAUGAAGCUCAAGCUGAAAGUGUUUUAUAUGGCAACUUUGGUGCAGUUUCAGCUCUUUCAUCUGGUGCAUCGAUUAUCCUUUCAUCAACUGUCUCUCCUGGAUUCAUUACCCAGUUAGAGGGAAGGUUAAAAGGUGAAAACAAGGAUUUGAAGUUGGUGGAUGCCCCUGUAUCUGGUGGUGUUAAAAAAGCUGCAUCUGGAGAACUUACAGUAAUGGCAUCAGGUACAAAUGAUGCAUUGAUGUCUACUGGUUCAGUUCUCUCAGCAUUAAGUGAGAAGCUUUAUAUCAUAAAAGGCGGCUGUGGAGCUGGAAGUUGUGUGAAAAUGGUCAAUCAACUGCUUGCCGGAGUUCACAUAGCCUCGGCAGCUGAAGCAAUGGCGUUUGGGGCUCGGCUGGGUCUUAAUACAAGAUUGUUAUUUGAAGUCAUCAUGAACAGUGAAGGAGCAUCAUGGAUGUUUGGAAAUCGUGUACCACACAUGUUAGACAACGAUUACACACCAUACUCUGCACUUGAUAUAUUUGUGAAGGAUCUGGGUAUUGUUUCGCAUGAGUGCUCGGAAAGAAAACUUCCACUUCAUAUUUCUACAGUUGCUCACCAGCAAUUUCUAUCAGGAUCUGCUGCUGGUUGGGGUAGGUUGGAUGACUCUGCCGUCGUCAAGGUUUAUGAGACCAUUGCUGGAGUACAAGUUGAAGGGAAACUUCCAAUUCCUAGUAAGGAAGAUGUCUUGAAAUCUCUUCCUUCUGAAUGGCCAUUGGAUCCUAUUGAAGAUAUUCAGAGACUAAGUCAGAGUGCAUCCAAAGUCUUGGUUGUUCUGGAUGAUGACCCGACAGGAACCCAAACUGUUCAUGACAUAGAUGUGCUAACAGAGUGGAGCGUUGAGUCUCUGGUUGACCAGUUCAGCAGAAGGCCUAGUUGCUUUUUUAUUUUGACUAAUUCUCGUUCAAUGAGUUCUGAUAAGGCCAUUGAGUUGACUAAAGAAAUCUGCAUAAACAUAGACACUGCUGCAAAGUCAGUUCAGAACAUUGGCUAUACAGUUGUUCUAAGGGGUGAUUCAACACUACGCGGCCACUUUCCAGAGGAAGCCGAUGCAGCUGUUUCAGUACUUGGUGAAAUGGAUGCAUGGAUCAUAUGCCCUUUCUUUCUUCAAGGAGGACGCUACACAAUUGAAGAUAUACACUACGUUGCAGAUUCUGAUAAGCUUGUUCCAGCUGGGGAGACUGAGUUUGCUAAAGAUGCUUCCUUCGGAUAUAAGUCUUCGAAUCUCCGCGAGUGGAUAGAGGAGAAGACUAAAGGUCGGGUAUCUUCUAGUAGUGUAGCAUCCAUUUCUAUCCAGCUUUUGCGAAAAGGAGGACCUACUGCUGUUUGUGACCAUCUCUGCAGUUUGCCAAAGGGAUCAACAUGUAUAGUCAAUGCAGCCAGCGAAAGGGAUAUGGCAGUAUUUGCAGCAGGAAUGAUUCAGGCAGAACUGAAGGGUAAGCGAUUCUUAUGUCGAACUGCUGCAAGUUUUGUGUCUGCUCGUAUCGGAAUAAGACCAAAGGCUCCAAUCGUGCCAAAAGAUUUAGGAACAAAUACAGAAAGGAAUGGUGGUCUCAUUGUUGUAGGAUCAUAUGUUCCCAAGACCACAAAGCAGGUUGAAGAGCUUAAAGCACAACCGGGGCACGUAAUAAGAACCAUAGAGAUAUCUGUUGUUAAACUUGCAAUGAGGUCGUUAGAUGAGCGAGAGCAGGAGAUCAGUCAGGCAGCUGAAAUGGCAGAUGUGUUUCUCAGAUCUCGUAAAGACACUUUAAUAAUGACCAGUAGAGAGCUCAUAACAGGAAGCUCGCCUUCAGAAAGUUUAGAAAUAAAUUUCAAAGUUAGCUCUGCCUUGGUGGAAAUUGUUAGACGGAUAACUACUCGUCCUAGAUAUAUUCUUGCGAAGGGAGGCAUCACCUCAUCUGAUCUUGCUACAAAAGCCUUGGAAGCACGGCAUGCGAAAGUUGUUGGUCAAGCCUUGGCUGGUGUCCCCUUGUGGCAACUAGGGCCUGAAAGUCGGCAUCCAGGUGUUCCCUACAUUGUUUUUCCAGGUAAUGUUGGUGAUAGUAGUGCGGUCGCUGAAGUGGUAAAAAGGUGGGCUUGUCCUGUUAAACUAGCUUCCACGAAGGAUCUCCUGCUUAAUGCGGAAAAGGGUGGAUAUGCUGUUGGAGCCUUCAACGUUUAUAAUCUGGAAGGAGUUGAAGCCGUUGUUGCUGCUGCAGAGGAAGAAAAAAGUCCUGCCAUUUUGCAGAUCCAUCCUAGUUCCUUAAAGCACGGAGGAGCUCCCCUGAUUGCUUGUUGCAUCGCCGCUGCGGAACAGUCCAACGUGCCAAUCACUGUUCAUUUUGAUCAUGGAAAUGACAAAAAUGAAUUAUUGGGAGCUCUUGAGAUGGGAUUUGACUCACUCAUGGUAGAUGGUUCACAUCUUUCUUUUGAGGAAAACAUUGCAUUUACAAAGCACAUAGGGUAUUUGGCGCGCUCAAAAAUGAUGUUGGUGGAAGCCGAACUAGGAAGACUGUCAGGAACUGAAGAUGAUUUGACUGUUGAAGACUAUGAAGCAAAGUUAACCGACAUUACUCAAGCUGGAGAAUUUAUCGAUAAGACGCAAAUUGAUGCCUUAGCAGUGUGUAUCGGGAAUGUCCAUGGAAAAUACCCAGCAAGUGGCCCAAAUCUCAGACUGGAUUUGCUUAAGGAACUGCACGCAGUGUGUUCAGAAAAAGGGGUUGUCUUGGUUCUGCAUGGAGCCUCAGGAGUGCCUGAGAAACUAAUAAAGGAGUGCAUAGAGCUCGGUAUUAGAAAAUUCAAUGUUAACACGGAAGUAAGGAAAGCUUACAUGGAGUCUCUUCUUACCCCUAAGAAAGAUCUUGUCCAUGUUAUGGAAUCUUCUAAGCAAGCUAUGAAAGCUGUUGUUGCAGAGAAGAUGCAGUUAUUUGGUUCAUCAGGAAAAGCAUGGUGAUCUGAGAUUUCUGAAGAACCAAAACUGAAUUGAGCAUACUUUAUCGUUUCUAUAGCCGCUGUAUCAUUGUGUGGCUCCAUUCCUUUAGCCUUCUGCAAUUUAUUCUUGUGUUUAAUUCUUCAAUCUGUCAAUAACAAUGAUAAUUCCAAUAAUAAGAUGUUCCCUUCUUGUUCUGUUCCACCA